GCAGAGGUUGGGUGGGUUGCGUGCAAGGAGGUGCCCCAACACGCAUUCCCUGAGUUCGGAGGCGCUUAAGUUACCAACAAAGUCAGGGCCGAUCCCUGGAGAGGUAACCGGUCAGCCCCACGACACCGCUGCCUGUUUCCUGGCCUGGGAUCCGCGCGCGCUGCAGGUAGUCAGCCCAGCCCACCGCAUGCCCUCGGAGACCCGGACGCGGAGAGCGAGCGCCUCUGCGGCGCGCGGCCACUUCACACCCAUCACUCCUGAUACAACCGAUAGUUAACUGGGGCCUUCCAGUGCCUCCAGUCCAGAAGUACUGAAGACCCAAUAUCACCAAUUCUUCUAAGAUCCUGGGCAUUGAUCCGGAGGGAGGAGGAUUCUACAGUUCGAUAGCAAGGUCCCUGCGCGUUUUAUUGCGACCUGCCGGUGGGAACUUUGUCUCCGAGUCGGAGCAGCAUGGAGCGGCGGAGCGAGAGCCCGUGUCUGCGGGACAGCCCCGACCGGCGCAGCGGCAGCCCCGACGUCAAGGGGCCUCCCCCGGUGAAGGUGGCCCGGCUGGAGCAGAACGGCAGCCCCAUGGGAGCCCGCGGGAGGCCCAACGGCGCCGUGGCCAAGGCCGUGGGAGGUUUGAUGAUACCUGUCUUUUGUGUGGUGGAGCAGUUGGAUGGCUCUCUCGAAUACGACAACAGAGAAGAACAUGCUGAGUUUGUCCUGGUUCGAAAAGAUGUGCUUUUUAGCCAGCUGGUGGAGACUGCGCUCCUGGCCCUGGGGUACUCCCACAGCUCUGCGGCUCAGGCACAAGGAAUAAUCAAGCUGGGGAGGUGGAACCCUCUCCCCCUCAGUUAUGUGACAGAUGCACCCGAUGCGACAGUGGCCGACAUGCUGCAAGAUGUCUAUCACGUUGUGACGCUGAAAAUCCAAUUACAGAGUUGUUCGAAGUUGGAAGACUUGCCUGCAGAGCAGUGGAACCACGCCACAGUCCGAAAUGCCUUAAAGGAACUGCUCAAAGAGAUGAACCAGAGCACAUUAGCCAAAGAAUGCCCUCUCUCCCAGAGUAUGAUUUCAUCCAUUGUAAAUAGCACAUAUUAUGCCAACGUGUCAGCAACCAAGUGCCAGGAGUUUGGGCGAUGGUAUAAGAAGUACAAGAAGAUUAAAGUGGAAAGAGUGGAACGAGAAAACCUUUCAGACUAUUGUGUUCUGGGCCAGCGUCCAAUGCAUUUGCCAAAUAUGAAUCAGCUGGCAUCCUUGGGGAAAACCAACGAACAGUCUCCUCAUAGCCAAAUCCACCACAGUACACCAAUCCGAAACCAAGUGCCCGCGUUACAGCCCAUCAUGAGCCCUGGUCUUCUUUCUCCCCAGCUUAGUCCACAGCUUGUGAGGCAACAAAUAGCCAUGGCCCAUCUGAUAAACCAACAGAUUGCUGUUAGCCGGCUCCUGGCCCACCAGCAUCCUCAAGCCAUCAACCAGCAGUUCCUGAACCAUCCACCCAUUCCCAGAGCAGUUAAGCCAGAGCCAACCAACUCUUCUGUGGAAGUCUCUCCAGAUAUCUACCAGCAAGUCAGAGAUGAGCUGAAGAGGGCCAGUGUGUCCCAAGCUGUCUUUGCAAGAGUGGCAUUCAACCGCACACAGAGUCUGUUUACAUCAUUUGAAACUGAGUUUGGAGGCUCACAGAGGUCUGCACGGUUCCAGACAUCACUCCAUCACUUCUCUCUUGGAUUGUUGUCCGAGAUUCUCCGUAAGGAAGAAGACCCUCGGACAGCUUCUCAGUCUCUUUUGGUAAACCUGAGGGCCAUGCAGAAUUUUCUCAAUCUUCCGGAAGUGGAGCGGGAUCGCAUAUACCAGGACGAGAGAGAGCGGAGCAUGAACCCCAAUGUGAGCAUGGUCUCGUCGGCCUCUAGCAGUCCCAGCUCCUCCCGAACCCCUCAGGCCAAAACCUCGACACCGACAACAGACCUCCCCAUUAAGGUGGACGGCGCCAACGUCAACAUCACAGCUGCCAUUUAUGACGAGAUCCAACAGGAGAUGAAAAGGGCCAAGGUGUCUCAAGCCCUGUUUGCCAAAGUGGCUGCAAAUAAAAGUCAGGGCUGGCUGUGUGAACUGCUCCGCUGGAAAGAGAACCCCAGCCCAGAAAACCGCACGCUCUGGGAGAACCUCUGUACCAUCCGUCGCUUCCUGAACCUUCCCCAGCACGAGAGGGAUGUGAUCUACGAGGAGGAGUCCAGGCAUCACCACAGCGAACGCAUGCAGCACGUGGUCCAGCUCCCGCCUGAGCCGGUGCAGGUCCUUCACAGACAGCAGUCUCAGCCGGCCAAGGAGAGUUCCCCUCCCAGAGAAGAAGCACCCCCGCCACCUCCUCCGACCGAAGACAGUUGUGCCAAAAAGCCUCGGUCUCGCACAAAGAUCUCCUUGGAAGCCCUGGGGAUCCUCCAAAGUUUUAUUCAUGAUGUGGGCCUGUACCCCGAUCAGGAAGCUAUUCACACUCUUUCUGCCCAGCUGGAUCUCCCCAAACACACCAUCAUCAAGUUCUUCCAGAACCAGCGGUACCACGUGAAACACCACGGGAAGCUCAAGGAGCACCUGGGCUCCGCCGUGGACGUGGCUGAGUAUAAGGACGAGGAGCUGCUGACGGAGUCGGAGGAGAAUGACAGCGAGGAAGGCUCGGAGGAGAUGUACAAAGUGGAGGCGGAGGAAGAAAGUGCGGAGAAAAACAAGGCCCCGCCUGCUGAAAUCGACCAGAGAUAAUGUGAACUCCUACCAGGCAAAGCAAUACAUCGGUCCAAGGAUUUUCUGUUUUCGUUUCUUUAAAAAAAUUUUUUUGCUUUAUUUUAUUUUUGUCGUUUUUUUUGUCUGUUUUGUUUUUCUUACCUUUUUUGACAUUUCUUUGUUGCACAGGGUACACCUGUAGACUGAGUAAGUUCAGUAUUUCCGAAUCAGAGAUCGCCUUGGCAAAGACGCUGAAGUGUUACACUUUUACAAUGGAUGGGAUCAUAGUAAUUAUAAUCACAGGAGACUCUGCCUUCAUUAUUCUUGCACUUACGGAAGAGACAUCAGGCAAGUUCCAGGAUGAAAAGACCUACGAAAUAAAUGAAGGAAGCUACAAGUGUGUGUGUAUAUGUAUAUGUAUAUAUCUAUAUAUUUACAUAUAUAUAUUAAAAUUGCAUGGGACAGAGAACUUUACAAUCCGAAAGAAUAGACUGUGAAAUGAGUUCUUAAAGAAGAGACUUGUUUAUGUAUUAAAAAAAAAAACCACUUCACAGUGAGUCGCUUUGGCUUUUUGAUAAACUUCGGCCUGCUCUCAGGGUGGGGUGACUAUUUUUGAAUUCCUAUUUAUUUUCUGUGUUUGUCCCUGAUUUUUUAAAAUUCUAUGGCUUCCUAUCUGGCAGCUUGAUGGGUAAUUUUUGAGGUAUGUAUUUAACAAAAUAAAUCAACACUGCCAAAAAAAAAAAGAAAAAGAAAUAAGAAGAAAGUGAAAAAAUCAGGGCACCUUAAAUGAUACAAGUCAAAUCACUCUUAAAGACACAAUGCACACUUAAAAUGACUCGCUAUGUUCCGUUAUUCAGCUUGUUAUUACUUUAGUGAACAGAUGUAUUUCUAUGGAAUUCCAAAUGAGUAAAACCGAAAUUCAGUACACAGACAACUUGUACAUUAGUGCAGUCUUGAUAAAAUGACAUUUUGUCGUUGGACAUAAUGGAAUUCAUAGUAUGAGCCACAUUUUGUUGUGAAAUUUACGUACCUGCUCGUGGCUUCAAAUCUUAAAAUUAAUAAGCCUGCUCAUUUAAAAGUUGUUUGUUGCUGUUUUCUUUUUUUUAAUAGAAAAUAGUUUAAUGUAAUGUUAAGUUAGAAAAGAAGUUGCUGCCCAGUUAAAGGGGCUCCCUCUGAAAUAAAUCUCCAUCCUUUCUUCUCCCAAAAGACAUUUCUCAUUUCUGUCUCACUUUGGGCUUCCUCUUCUUCAUACACAUUCCAUCCACCUGACCACACGCUUUCGGCCCCUGCUCUCACUGGCCUCAGCCCUUCCCUGGGGUGGCAGCCCUAACAAGAACCUGUUUUUGAAUCAUUGUGCAGCUCCAGGCAAUAGAGUAAGUGAAGCAAUCGCAGCAGAAUCACCUACUCGCCUCCAACGGAAACAUUUUCCCAGUUACCUACACAGCAAUUACCUUAUAUAAAGCAGAACUAAUGCUGACUGGCUGUUUAGUGGAAUGAGCAUUAAAGCUGCAUUCUACUCUAGUUCUCCCAACCUCUUAUAGCUUCCUAUCAGACAUGCCAAUAGCAUUACUUUUCACUUCUACUUAGAGUCAUUGCAAGAGGAGACCUCACCUUCAGGACUGGCCUGGUGAACCUAAUCCACGCUCAGCGUGGCCAUCAAACGGUCCCGCACAGUUGGAUUACGUUUUUUGAGUUGUGCUCUCAUGCAAUCUUGUCAGAGACCUCAUGCAAUAUCACUUUGAAAGUUAUUUUCUGUUUACUACACAAACAUUGUAAUAUAACUGUUAAUACUAUUUAUAUAUUUGAAAGGUAUAAAAGGUAGGAGUUAAAAAACAAAAACCUCUAUGUGUAAGAUAUUAACUCAGAAUUUACAAUAUACAGGGAGAAGACAUGUUGCAAUACAAGCUAAUUCUAGCUGCUCAGUAACCUCUGGAGUUUUUAAAGGGACAUUUUCCUGUACUUUUUCAAAUCAUGAUGUUUUAAAAAUUAUCUUGACAUGAGCAUCAUAUACCUUUGCAAAAGGAUAGUUGUUUGCAGUUAAGCCCUGGGCCCAGCCUUCCUACUUCUGUAGUAUGCUGCAGCUUUAAUCAGAAAGUCCGUGGUUGCUGCUUCCUGAUCUCCGAGUUACUCUUUCCAAAUUGUCUUCUUACACUGUAGCUGAAGGUCACUCUGUACGCGUAAUGGAAACUGAUUUUGCCAAGCUCUUACGAGGUGGUUCAUCUAUCGAUGGCAUCCGCAUUUGGUAUCUUUUACACUUCAACCAAAAAUUUAUUAGGUAUUUUUCAAUGCUAAGUCUUGCCUUUUAUUUUUUAAUUUCACUGCCAAGUUUGCAGUGGUUCUAAGUGAAUCUGUGGGCAUUUUAGCCUGUGGUCUUGCCAGAUCUUUGCGAAUUACAAUGCAUAUAUGUCUAUUUAUUCAAUAUCUGUCAUAUAAUAUCUAUUUGGAAGAAGAAACUUUCUCUUGUAGUGCCUCUUGACAAAGCACAAUUUCCCGCCUUUUUUUUUUGUGAAAUGAAAAACAAAUUGUGUUUUAUUGCGGUAUCAACAAUGUGAAUAAGGAUUAACAUAUUGUAAAUGUUCUUUUUUCCAUGUAAAUCAACUAUCUUUGUUAUCACUAAGUGAUAAUUAAUUUUUAACUUAUGUGCAUUGUUAGGCUGUUAGAAUUUUUUGGUUGUUAAAAUAAAACGCAUUCAAUAAA